AUGUCACAACAAGAAAACGCCUUGUCUGAGCUGAUGCCUGGGGCGGCGAGCAAGAUGGCCCCAAUUCCCCAGGGCGCCAGGAUUCAGAAGCGUCCCCUCACUCGACGCCAGCUCCCAGCGUCGUCCAAGACGCCGGUCAUUUACGUGUCCUCAAAUUCUCCCUUCAUGUCCGUCGUGAAGCGGACCAGGAAGUUCUUGGACAAGGACCUGCGUAGUAAUACUUCUGCUGCCAAGAAUGUAUCCUUGCACGCCCGCGUUGAGGCGCUGAAGAGAGGCGGUGCCGGUGGGACGGCCCGUGCAGCUGUGGUGACGGUGAUGGGCACAGGUAAAGCUAUUGAAAAGACUCUAAACGUCGCAAGCUGGUUCCAGCAGCAAGGGGACUGCGUUGUUGAGAUUAAAACACGGACCAUCGGGACAGUAGACGAUGUGGUUACGGGGGAUACAGACGACGCGUUUGGGGCCGACAACGAAAGCCGGUUGAGGAAGCUCAAUUGCUUGGAAGUUGCCAUCAGCCUGAAGUGA